UGCAAGUACAUCCAAGUCGUCGCUGCUUCAAGAGCAAGCCACAACUAACGCAAGUGGAGGAUGAGCGCGGUUCCGUCAUUUGAUGAGCUCGAUCCUUCAGUGCAGGAGCAGCUCAACCUCAAGACUUUCCAGGGCAAGUUUGAGGUCAAGGACUUCAUUGGAUCCGUGUCUGAAAGGCUAAUUACCAACUCGAAGUCGAGCUCCGGUCCAUUUAAUCCUGUACCAUUCAUUCGUACAUUUGAGGCAACGGUCGACAAGCUUAUUGCCCUGCGAAAGGAUGUACAGGCGAAAUCAGAACAAAUGGAGAAAGGUGUGAAAGUCGCAGAGAGGGAAUAUUCACGAAAGAUGUCCGAUCUAAAUAAAGGAUUCGAGGCGGUCGGGCAAUCCUUCUCCGGAAUGGAAAAUAAAAUGAGUGAAGUAGGAAGGACAGCUAUUCGAAUAGGUGAACAGCUAGAAGCUGUUCACAUCCAGCGUCAGCGAGCUCAGGUAGCUCAUGAUUUGAUUAACUAUUACAUUCAGUUCUCCAGAGGAGAUACGUCAGCAUUAGAUGUUCUGCGGAAGGAACGUGGCAAAGAAGGCAGGAGAGAACUUGCCACUGUUCUCCGGCGAUUAAGUGUUGUAGCUAGGGAGGUUGAUCUGCCAAACGCCGAACAGACGCGAGAAGCUAUCGAUAAAUAUUGCGAAAAAUUCGAGAAGGAUAUGCUCAACCUCUUCGAUAGAUGUUAUCGGAAAGAGGAUCCAAAAAUGAUGCAUCACUGUGCACAAACAUUGCAAGACUUCAAUGGCGGCGCUUCUUGUAUUCAGAUUUAUGUAAAUCAACACGAUUUCUUCAUAAAUCGAGUCCGACAAGUCAACGACUUCAAUACGGACUCUGAGCUAUGGAAGACAUUAAAUGACCCCGAUUCGACGCCUCCAAGGUCUGAGAAGGGUUUGCAAGAGCUAUUCAAGGAGAUCCGGGCUACUGUCGGCGAAGAAGCACAGAUUGUCCAAGUUGUCUUUCCGAACCCUCCACUUGUCAUGCAAGUCUUCCUUCAACGCGUUUUCGCUCAAUCGAUUCAAGAAUAUAUGGAACAACUCCUUAACAAGGGCACCUCGCUAUCUACACUCGCUUUCCUCCGCGUUCUCCACCUUGUUCAUACACAGGUUUCCGGUCUCGUAGAGGACUUGAAGGAGUACGAAUUGACGACAUCUACACCACGUUCACCAUCCGAAGCAGCCGAACUUCGGCGUUCUGUCAUUGGUCUGACGCCUUCAACUAGUUCGACAAACCUAGUCACCGUAUCGAUUACAUCGAUGCUCGAGACUGCGAUGGAGGAGUUAUUUAUCCCGUACACGGAAGGUAAUCGUUAUUUGGAGCGAGAAAGUAAAAGUUUGGGCGAGCUUUACAUGGCGUAUUUAAACCGCUUUACUCGUUAUCAUGAGAAGGUGAACAAAGGCAAGGGCUCAGUGUUCGAUCGCAUGGUCAAUCAGCUCAGCGCUGCAGCCGCGACGACAGCGAACAGCUCUGCUGCAAGUGGUGCAAGUGCUAGCGCGCAGGCAGCGGCAGCGAUCAUGAAAUUCUCUGGCUUCUCCGCAACGGCACCCAAACCGGUUCCUGCAAAAGAACCGGAAAAGCCUGUGGAGGAUCUUGUUAAGGAGGAAGAUGGAUUACUAAGUCUUGAUGCCGCUGAACAGAUGUUGAAAUGGCAUGCUGAGUCCAUUGGAAGAUGCGUCAUACUUAGCCCGUCGAACGAAGUUCCGAAACACGCAUUUGCCUUGUCGCGUGUACUGGCAGAAACGAUCGGGGUGAACUACGUUGAAGUAGCAUUCGAGACUGCAUACUCGAAGCUUGAGACCGCCGAUCCGAAAGCGGAGCCAAGUUUACAGUCUCUCUCUGUGCUGCGUUUAGUAGACCUCAUCUGUCAUCUGUGGCAAAAAUACGUCAGUACAGCUCUGCUGCCACUAGCGAGCUCUUCCGUGACCGUACGCCGCGAGAUGGUCAUUUUCAAUAGCCAGACUGUCAGCAGGAUCGAGGGUGCCGCAAACGCGCUUAUGAAUCGUCUGACCGACUCUAUCGUCGCCUGGCUCUCCGCUACUCUUGCGAAGCAGAAGAAGAACGAGUUCAAACCGCGCAGUGACGAACUUUCUUUUGUGAACACUGAACCUUGCGAUGGAUGUUGUAUGACGCUCGCAAAGGUGCGAGAUGCAGCGCGUCAAAACCUUAGUGGGAAGAACUUGGAGGUUUUUCUUACCGAGGUCGGGAUUACCUUCAACACACUGCUCUUAGACCAUCUGCGAAAGUUCUCCGUAAAUGCCAAUGGCGGCCUUAUACUUGCAAAAGACCUCAAGUCCUAUCAGGACCUCAUUUCAACGUUUAACUGUCCUGCCCUUCCAGAGCGCUUCGAGUUUAUCUGCCAACUCGGAAAGAUAUUCCUCAUCGAACCAGAAAUCCUCAAAUCCUACAUCACGGAAAGCGCACUCUCGCGCAUUGAUCUGCACCUUCUACGUCCAUACCUAGCACAGCGAAGUGACUGGCAGACAUUCGAAAAAGGAUUUGACGGACAAAGUACGGGAGGUGUUGAGGGUGUUAGUUUCGUCAAUGCACAAAUGAAUGGUGGUGCGGCAGAGACGAAAGGAUUCCGCGAUCGCUUAGGAAUGAGUAGGCUAAGCACGAUGAUGCGCGAGUUGGAGGGUUUACGAAUAGGCGACACCGUCAGCUCGAACUUGAGCGGUGGUUUCUCUUUUGCAAGGGGGCUUGGAGGCUAUACAGCGGCAUGACAUUGAUGUUUCUGUUUUCUUCAUUUAUAUCUGUUCUUCACCGUUUUGCACGUUUUUGUUGUACUUUAGCGCUGUAUCAUUAUUCGCCUUUGAAAAUUGGCGCUCGCUUUUCCUUGAAUGCAUUGAGUGCUUCUAUACGGUCUUUCGUUGGCAAGAGGGUGUCGUAGCAUGCUCUCUCAAAGUCCAGCCCUGUCUCAAGAUCAACCUCAGGGGCCGCAGAUAGAGCUUGCUUAGCGGCUCUUAAAGCGAGAGGAGCGCUUAAUGCUAUCUCUUUUGCCAAACUCAGCGACCUAUCGAGAGCAGAUGUUCCGGGUUCAGAUACAUAAUCCACAAGACCGAUUUCUUUCGCCUGAGUAGCUGUUAGUAUCUUCCCCGUGAAGAUGAGUUCUUUAGCCUUUGAUAUCCCUAACAAGCGUACAGCGCGUUGCGUGCCGCCAGCACCAGGAAUAAUACCAAGUCGAGUCUCGGGAAGACCUAUCUUGGUGACAUCAUGACUAGCGACGCGAAAAUCGCAUGACAUUGCGAGUUCAAGACCUCCACCAAGUGCUGGUCCAUCAAUAGCUGCGAUUGUCGGAAUUGCAAGCUCUUCUAGAGCCGUGAAUGCUACCCGUAAAUCAAACAGGAACUUUGAGACUUGCUCCACAGUCAUGGAACUUCGCUCAACUAAAUCGGCACCGGCACAGAAGGACCCGGGAGUUGUUGAGCGGACAAUUAACACUCGCAAAUCUUUAUCCUGCUCCGCAGAGCUCAGACAUUCUUGGAGUUCCUUCACAAGCCUCAUGGAUAGAGCAUUCUUGCUCUUGGGUCUGUUAAGUGAGAGGUACUUGAUUCCCAACUCCGGCUCAGAUUCAGACGGCUCAAUGAACGCUUCAUUUGAAUGUGACCCCAGAGAAAGGAAUCGCGAAGAGGGUUUAUAGUACAAUCCGGCGUAUCGCGUGAGGCAUCUGUGAAGCACAAUUGGAGGAGUUCUAGUCAAC